UAUUAUUUUCGUGUAAGUAAUGUUUACUUCCGCUAUAUAGCACGUGUUCACACUGGCGACCGUGUUACUCAUUAACAUUGAAAGUGUUCAUAAAACACAACGAAGACGUUAUCACAGAAACAUUUAUAAUUUGAAACAACAAAGUUUCAUGACAUCAGUCAAGUAAACAUGUCUUUAGAAAACACUGUGAAAGAAAGCCAACAGAGGACCAAAAAGAAGAAAAGGCAAAAACUGUCAGAAGCACACCAGGAAUCUGAUGAUAUUGUAAAAGAAAGAAAGGUCAAGAAAAGAAAAGAGAAAUUUUCAUCAGAGAAUGAUGAAAAUACUGCUGUUAGUGUGAGUCAUUCUAAAACAAAGAAGCAUAGGACAAAAAAACAUUCUGAAAAUGAGACUGUUGAAGAGAUGAAAGAAGAUGUUGGGGUUACAGAUGGUAAACAUAGUAAAGCUAAGAAAAGAAAAUCCCAAUCUGAAGGUCAAGAUGGUGAUCAAUGUGUGAAGCAACACCAGGAUCAUGGUAUGAAAAAGGAGAGAAAGAGAAGAGAACGGAAGGACAAAUUUAAAGACAAAGUUCCAGAAUUUCUCAAGCUUGUGAAAUCUAAAAAUCUGAAAGAGGAAGAGCAACCAGUAACAGUCCCCAAAACACCUGAAGAAAUUGCACUGGAGAAAAUGAAAGAAGAGAAAAGGGAGAGAAUGAAAAAGAAGAGGCAGCUAAAGAAAGCUAACAAGGGAAAGAAAAUAGAAAGCACUGUUGCAAAAGAUGCUGCCUUGACAUACUUGAAUCAGUGGUACUAUCAUCGAGCUGUGUGGCUUCCAGAAGGUUCGUCAGGUCUGGUUGCUGGGACACAUGUAUGAUAUCAACAUGGUGUCUGAUGAAGUUUUCGAGCGUUUGCUGAAGUAUCUGGAAGAUUUAAAAGGCCAUAGCAGAGCUGAAACUACAAAACAAGCAGAGACAAUACUGGAGGAAGCUGAAAAGCAAUCUGAGAAAGAUGGAGAAGCAGAGGAUAAGGAUGAUGAAGUGAAAGAGGUUGAGGAGGAAGAAGAGGAGUGUGAUGAAGAAGGGCAAGAAGAAGUGGAUGAUGCUGAAAAUGAGAGUGAGGAUGAAGAUAGUACUACUGGUGAGACAAAGGCAAGGAAAAGGAAAAAGAAGAAAAACAAAGGUACACAAGAUGUGACGUCAUCAUUGAGGUACCAGAGAGCCAGGCAGAUUCUCCAGAUUUUAACAUGACAACAUCUAUAACUAUGAUAUUUACAUUAAACUUAUGUGCAGUAAAA